ACUGGCGCCCCUAUGGGAUGCUGGCGGUUACGGGCAGAGGUUUAGCCUCCUUGCUCCCACCUCUCCGGUUAGAUUCCAGGCUGAGCGCUCCCGGAAGGUUCCUCGGCCCCCCACGUCUCACCCCAGGGCUCCCACACACAGUAGGCUGAGCGAGCAGAGCGUGGCUCCUCUCACUGUGUCCGUGUCUCCUCCCCUGUCGGCAGGCACGGAAGGCAUGACAGCCAGACGAAUGACGCCGGGCAGCCUGGACACGGUGCUGCAGGAGAAAGCCCGGCGGUACCACGCGGACCCCGGCGGCGAGGCUGGCGGCGAGACGAUGCCGUUCAAACCACAAGAUAUCUUGCGGACGCUCCCGAGACCCAGGGCGGAGGUGUACCAGGGCCUCCACGGCGGCUUCCUGGGCCCCUCCAGCGAGGCGGGCCGCGGAGGCGUGUUCCCAGGGCCCGCCUUUAGGCCCGGCACCCCAGCCUGCGGCGGUGACAGCUGCUUCCACCAAGAAGGUGCCCGCACCCUGGAACUGUCGCACCCUGACGCCCAGGAGCAGGUGUUGGGCCCCCAGAAGGCGGGGACAUUGCGCCUCCAGGACCGGCAGUUUGCCUUGCGUGGCUCCUGGGAGCACGUGGCGGCCCAGCAGGCCUGGCCGCAGGCGUGUGGCCUCGGGCCGACCCGCGGCCUGGGGCCCUUCAGCCUCCCCAGGGUGCUGGAGAAGGAGGCUUUGGAGAAAGAAAGUCGGGGCGAGACCGAGGCGCUGCUCAGGGCCGCCAGUGGCCAGGGCCAGCCCAGAGGCCACGAGCUGGGCCUCCUGGAGGCGCGGGGCCUGCUCCCUGCGGACGCGGGCGCCGGAAAGCUGGGCUCUCUGAGGAAUGUCAGCUCCAAAAAAGGACCCUCAGUCAGUCGGGUGAGCCCCAAAGCUCAGGGCACGAGCCAAAGCCAGAAAAACAGCCCCAGCCCAGAUGUGCCAGGACCGGAAGAGCUCCAGUUCCCCGCGCAGCAGGUGCCGCCGGGGCUGGAGCUGAAGGGCGCUCGCUUCCGGCGCAGGAGGACGCGCUGCGAGGCCGCGGACAAGGCCGACGUGUUCUCCCACUUCGGCCUGGAGAUCAUCAGGUGGGCGGGCUUCCACACCGUCAAGGACGACCUCAAGUUCUCGCAGCUCUUCCACACCCUGUUUGAACUUGAGACGGAGACCUGCGCCAAAACCCUGGCCUCCUUCAAAUGCUCCCUGCGGCCCGAGCACCGCGACUUCUGCUUUUUCACCGUCAAGUUCUUAAAGCACGCGGCCCUCAAGACGCCUCGGGUGGACAAUGAGUUUUUGAACCUGCUCCUGGACAGAGGUGCCGUGAAGACCAAAAAUUGCUUUUUUGAGGUCGUCAAGCCCUUCGACAAGUACAUGAUGCGGCUGCAGGACCGGCUGCUGAAGAGCGCCACGCCGCUGCUCAUGGCCUGCAACGCCUACGAGCUCAGCGUCAAGAUGAAGACCCUCACCAGCCCCCUGGACUUGGCCGUGGCCCUGGAGACCACCAACUCCCUCUGCCGCAAGUCUCUGGCCCUCCUGGGCCAGACCUUCUCCCUGGCCUCGUCUUUCCGCCAGGAGAAAAUUCUGGAAGCGGUGGGGCUGCAAGACAUAGCCCCCUCCCCGGCCGCCUUCCCCAACUUCGAGGACUCCAUGCUGUUUGGACGCGAGUACGUAGAGCAUCUGAAGGCCUGGCUGCUCGCCAGCGGCUGCCCGCUGCGGGUCAAGAAGGCCCCGGCCGAGCCCACGCCAGAGGAGGUGGUUCUUCCCACCACGCCCCAAGUCCAGGUCGCGGCUCCGCAGCGCGCGAGCAGCGCCGUCCCCCAGCGAGCAGACCACCAGGUGGCGGCCACCAUCGAGCAGCUUGUGGCACGGGUCGUCGAGGGCAGCCUGUCCCCCAAGGAGAGAGCCGAGCUGCAGGAGGACCCUGCCUACUGGUUUCUCUCGGAUGAAGACAGCCUGGAGUAUAAGUAUUACAAGCUGAAGUUGGCAGAAACACAGCGCCUGAGCCAGACCCUGCGAGGAGCGGGCGGCGGGCAGAAGCCCACAGCGGUGGAGUGUGCAGUGCGGGCCAUGCUGUACGCGCGGGCGGUGCGCAGCCUCAAGAAGAAGCUGCAGCCCUGGCAACGCCGGGGACCCCUGCGGCCGCAGGGGCUCCGCGGCUGGAAGGCCAAGCGGGUGACCGCCGGGACUCAGACCCCCGUGGCCUCGGGCCUCAAGCCCCCCGGCCGGCAGGCCCCGGGCACCUCCCCGGCAAAACUCGAUACCCACGAUGCCGCCCAGGGCUGCCCGCCCGGCCCAGCCGCGGGGCCGACCCCCGAGCCGGCUGGAGUCCCCCGAGCUUCCUCUCCUUGCCUCUCCGCCGACGUGGACCUCAAGACGCUGCAGACUGCCGAGAAACUGGCCAGGUUCGUGGCUCAGGUGGGACCGGAAAUCGAACAGUUCAGCAUAGAAAACAGCGCCGACAACCCCGACCUGUGGUUCCUACGUGACCCAGACAGCUCCGCUUUCAAGUUCUACCGCAAGAAAGUGUUUGAACUGUGCCCGUCCAUGCGCUUCACCUCCUCUCCCACCGCCCUCCACGCUGACACUGACCACAAGAGCAUGGAGACUCUGGCGGACCCCGAGGCCGCCCAGCAGGAGGCUGGACCCAGGAGCCCCACGGCGGCGCUGGAGGAGGGGGACGAGGACGAGGAGGAGGAGGAGGCCCCUGGUCGCCAAGGAAGGGCCGAGGGCUCGGAGGGUAGCCCCUGUGCCGACGGCCUCCCGGGAGCGGCCGCUGAGGGUGAGCCGGCCGCGGGGCCCGGCCAGUCCCAGCCCGCCUUGGGCAGCUGCUUCCCCCGGAAGAGGAUGAGCAGCAAGUCCCUGCGGGUCGGCCUGAUCCCGGCCCCCAAGAGGGUGUGCCUCGUGCAGGAACCAAAGGUGCACGAGCCCGUGCGCAUCGCCUACGACAGGCCACGGGGCCGGCCCGCCGCCAGGAAGAAGAAACCCAAGGACCUUGAGUUUGUCCAGCAGAAGCUGACCGACAAGAACCUCGGCUUCCAGAUGUUACAGAAGAUGGGCUGGCAGGAGGGCCGGGGGCUGGGCUCCUGCGGGAAGGGCAUCCAGGAGCCCGUGAGCAUGGGCACGGCCUCGGGAGGGGAGGGCCUGGGGGCCGACGGGCAGCAGCAGGACACGUUCGACGUGUUCCGCCAGCGCAUGAUGCAAAUGUAUCGCCACAAGCGGGCCGGCAAGUAG